AUGUCUGGUGCAUCUGGUUCAUCAGGGAGUGGCACGGGGCGAGGCAGAGGUGGUAAUACCGUCGGAGAUAAACCGGAUACUAAAGAAAAUAAACCUAACAAUAAAAUGUCGAAAGCACUCGGUACAUCAGCCAAGAGAAUCCAAAAGGAGUUGGCCGAGAUCACACUAGAUCCUCCGCCUAACUGUAGCGCUGGACCCAAGGGUGACAAUUUAUAUGAAUGGGUCUCAACAAUAUUAGGGCCGCCUGGCUCGGUUUAUGAAGGUGGCGUCUUCUUUUUAGAUAUUCAUUUCUCACCGGAAUAUCCCUUCAAACCUCCUAAGGUUACGUUUCGUACGAGGAUAUACCACUGUAAUAUAAACAGCCAGGGAGUCAUAUGUUUAGACAUUCUGAAAGACAAUUGGUCACCGGCGCUCACCAUUUCAAAAGUACUAUUAUCUAUAUGCUCGCUCUUGACUGACUGUAAUCCUGCCGAUCCUCUUGUGGGUAGUAUUGCGACUCAGUACCUUCAGAAUAGAGAGGAACAUGAUCGUAUCGCUCGUCUGUGGACCAAGCGCUAUGCUACAUGA